AUGCGUGCCAGCAGCGUCGAAAUUGGUCCUAAUGUAGAUGGUGAAACCCGUGUUCGUCGUUCUGUACUGUCACCUAAUGAACUUGUCACCACUCCUAUCGAGGGCAUCAAAACUGUCUACGACCUAUUACCAUACUGUGCAAAAACUUAUGGCACCAAGCCCGCUUUGGGAUAUAGGAAAAUCGAGACCGUAGUUGAAGAGGAAAAAGAAAUCACCAAAGUUGUGAAUGGAGAGACACGUAAAGAAAAAAAAACUUGGAAGUAUUUUCAGUUAUCGGGAUUCAUUUACCUGAAUUAUUUGGAAGCACUUGAACAGGCAAAAAAUAUUGGAUGUUUUUCUCAAAGCAUCAUAUUGACAACUGCCUAUGACACGUUGGGUGAAGAAAGCGUUCUCUCUGCCAUGAACGAGGCUGAAGUUCACGCGAUCUUUACCAACGCCAGUUUACUGCCCACCAUCAAGAAAAUUGCCGAUAGACUUCUUACAGUAAAACACAUAAUAUACGAUGGUGAACCGGAAGGAAAUAUCUUGGAAGAGUUUAAGUCGGCCCAUUCAAAAAUAAACGUAGUAACCCUGGAUGAGGUUAAACAAUUGGGCAAGGACAAUCCGGUAGAACCCAAUCCUCCGGAACCUCAAGAUUUAUGUUGUAUUAUGUAUACUUCUGGAAGCACAGGAAAUCCCAAGGGCAUGAAUCUAAUAGCACUACCAUCCUUGCCCGUUCACUAUUUACCAGAUGUUCUAGCGAAGGUGAACGCCAGUGGUUUGAUAAAACAAAAAAUGUUUAAUGGUGCAUUUAGGUCCAAACGAUUCCUCCGAGAUAAAGGUGGUGCACCUAUUUUUAAAGAGACACACGAAUUUAUUACAAUAGUGCUGGCUCCGCUGUUGCUUGGUUAUGGGAUGACCGAAAAUUGCGGUGGUGCGACACUAAUGACCGCCGAGGAGACCACGAGCGAAAACUGGGGGAUCGCCGGUUCACUAUUCCCGUCGAUUGAAGUGAAACUCGUCGAUGUUCCCGACGCCGGCUACUUUUCAACGAACAAGCCAUGUCCUCAAGGUGAAGUGUGGUUAAGAGGUCCAAUGAUAUCCAAGGGUUACUACAAAAACCCACAGGUAACUGAAGAAACAUUUACCGAAGAUGGAUGGCUACGCACUGGAGACAUUGGCGAAUUUACCGCAUCUGGCUCAAUAAAAAUUAUUGAUCGUAAGAAGAAUUUAGUAAAACUUGCGCAUGGAGAAUAUAUUGCAUUGGAAAAAUUGGAGUCGGUAUAUAGGUCCGUAUUGCAUGUGGGAAAUAUUUGCGUUUUUGCCGACUCCCUUCAAAGGAAACCGGUGGCAGUAAUUUUACCAACAGAAGCUAGAAUUAUGGAAUUAGCAGAGGAAAAAGGGUUGAAGGAACAAUCUUUUGAAGAAUUGUGUGACAAUAAGGUGAUCAUUUCUGAAGUUUUUAAUGCUUGUCAAGAGCAAGCAAAACGAGCUGGACUUAAACCGGCCGAGUUUUUGAGCUCUAUUGUCUUGGUGAGCGACGAAUGGACCCCACAGAACGGACUUUUAACUGCUGCAAAUAAACUCAAACGAAUAGAGUUGCAGAAAAAGUAUAAAGAAAAGAUCGAUUACUUGUAUGCUAGCAAUCGAGAGGCUUAA